CACUACUUCCCGUUUGUCGCCGCCUCCUUGGCGGUGUCAGCGGGUUUGAUCUUUCGUCCUGUCGCGUCUGUUCAAGCAGAACUUCUUGGUUUUUUCCUUCAGGGAACAAACUAGGACGAAUCUUAUCGAUAAGAUGUCCGGCGACCGGGCUUGUCCAAGACGGCGGAUUUUUCGACGUUCAAGUCGAAGGAGUUGAGUCGAAUUGGAAUACUCUACUUUGCAACAACCAAAGAGGACCCCCACCAAUGGACUGAACUAAAGAGUAGGAUCCUAAUGGCGGGCAGCAGGCAAAGCAGGAUGGCUGCGUAUGGUGCCCUUCUGCUCAUAGGGUGUGUGUUCACGCCUACUCUGGCGUUGAGCCCCACCCUCAAGGACAAAACGUGUCCUUAUGGUGACUACCCCACUGAGGCGGGGAUAUGUUGUAACAAGUGCUCUCCAGGUUUUAAGCUUGUGCACAUGUGCCACGCUGAGGGGAUGAGGAGUAACUGCACGCCGUGUCCUGCAGAUCAGUACAUGGACCAGAUGAACUAUUCCCCCAAAUGUAUGCGAUGCAAGCAAUGCAAAGAGUCAAAGCAAGAAGUACAAGAGUCCAAAUGUGAAAGACACAGAGACACUAUCUGCCGCUGCAAGGACGGCUAUUACCAAUUCACCAUCGACUCCGAGACGACCGAGUGUCGCCGAUGUUCGCAGUGCGGCCUCGACGAGAAGGCAGUCCAAAUAUGCACACCGAAAACCAACACGGUAUGCAAGUGCAAGGAGAACUACCACCGAGUGAAAAGGAAGUGUGAGCCAUGCAAGAAUUGCACAACAGAUUGCGAACAUCUCUGCAAGUUGCUUCCUUCCCACAAUCCUACAGUUUUGGAGGAGCGACAAAACGGAUUCUUCAUCAACGUACUAGCUGGAGUGGUGGCUGCGGCCUUUAUCCUGCUCAUGCUGGUCUUCUACGUGACCUACAUCACCACCAAACGCUGUAACGAAAAGACGACCGUGGCCCCUCCGUUAGAGCUAUCUGAUGAGGUGCAAAUCCUGGUUAAGAAGACAGAAGAAUCAAGCAGCAACAGCGACAACAUGGCUGUUCCUCAGGCCACUGUCGUUGAAAUGGACCCCUCCAAGUUGCCUGACUGUGUCCCUCUGGAAGUAAAGUUCGGCGACCUCAUUAACAUACUGCUGGAGAUGGUUCCCGUGAGUCAGGUCAGGCAGCUCGUGCGUUCCCUCGGCGUGUCGGACAUCGUCAUCGACAGGGCUUUGCAGGACCACUGUUUCAGCAUCAGGGAGGCUCACUACCAGAUGUUCCGAGCGUGGGCCGAGAUGAGCCCACUAAGUGGCAGCGGCAGUGGAGGUCGCAGCGGAAUGCUGCACUCGGCAAAACUACAGGAGCUGCUGCACACUCUCAGAAAGAUGCAUCUGGGAAGGACGGCCGAGGAGCUGGAGAGAGUGUACAGCAUUCAGUAGCACUCUCUUGUGUGCCAAGUGGAAAUAUUUUGGAAAAAAAACCUACCUGAAUCCAAGGUUUUGUUCUCUGUGCUGAACUCAAUGACAUACUGGGAGAUUAGUCCAAGAUAGACGCAGUUGAUGCACGCGGAUCAAGGCGGCCUUUGUGUACAAAUGAGCUCUCUACCUCUCAGCCUGGAAUGGAUUUAAAAUACUGAGAGAGAUCAAAUGUCUCAGGACACUACUGGAUUUAAAGCUGGACUAAGCUGAGCAGAGCGAACAUGAAAUGAGCUUAAAGUAACAUACAGUGAAAACAAAAAUGUGUUUUUUAGUAACUCACUUUUAUUUGGUGAAUGUGAAUCUUUUGGCUGGAAAUGACAAAAGAAGAGAUAUUAAUUUAAUCUUUGUUUUUAUACCAACAACAUGGGCUCGGGCUUCACGGUGGCAGAGGGGUUAGUGCGUCUGCCUCACAAUACGAAGGUCCUGCAGUCCUGGGUUCAAAUCCAGGCUCGGGAUCUUUCUGUGUGGAGUUUGCAUGUUCUCCCCGUGAAUGCGUGGGUUCCCUCCGGGUACUCCGGCUUCCUCCCACUUCCAAAGACAUGCACCUGGGGAUAGGCCCCUCCCACCUCCAAAGACAUGCACCUGGGGAUAGGCCCCUCCCACUUCCAAAGACAUGCACCUGGGGAUAGGUUGAUUGGCAACACUAAAUUGGCCCUAGUGUGUGAAUGUUGUCUGUCUAUCUGUGUUGGCCCUGCGAUGAGGUGGCGACUUGUCCAGGGUGUACCCCGCCUUCCGCCCGAUUGUAGCUGAGAUAGGCGCCAGCGCCCCCCGUGACCCCGAAAGGGAAUAAGCGGUAAAAAAUGGAUGGAUGGAUGGAACAUGGGCUCGUCCUCUCCUGUUUUGAAUGUAUUGAAGACUAGAACGUUGUAGUUUAGCGCCGUUUAACCCAAAGCUGUCAAACUGUAGUAAAGUAAAUACAAAAGAUAUUUUUAGGUUUAAAAAAGGUACACAUACACUAACUGUAUAUGUUUCACUUUUGCAUCUCACUGCACAUAAAUGUGGUGCGUUCAAGGACCAUUGCUUAAAGUUAGAAAGAGAUGUCACUCGUUUUUAAAGAUGAGGUGGCUUAAACCCCAGCAAAUGCACUAGUAGUAUCCAUCCAUCCAUCCAUUUCCUACCGCUUAUUCCAUUUGGGGUCGCCGGUGCCUAUCUCAGCUACAAUCGGGCAGAAGGCGGCGUACACCCUGGACAAGUCGCCACCUCAUCGCAGGGACAACAAUAUCAUAAUAAUGAUUUAUUAUUAUGAUUUGGCUGCGAUGAGGUGACGACUUGUCCAGGGUGUUCGCCGCCUUCUGCCCGAUUGUAGCUGAGAUAGGCACCAGCGACCCCAAAUGGAAUAAGCGGUACAAAAUGGAUGGAUGGAUGGAUGGAUUAUGAUUUGGCUAACGAGUAAAACACUAUAAACUCUUUCACAGUUGUCUCCUACCGUAAACACACUGUCCAUGUUCGUUGGUGUGGAUUUUUGUUGACAAAAAUGCACACUGAUUGGCUUUUUUUCUUAGAAGAAACAAUGCUCCUGUCAAAUAAGCAAUCUGUGUUAGCAGACAAGACAAUCACUUUUCUGUGUUGUUGUCGCCGAAAACAAAUCGUUUUCCACACUUUUUGUUGCCUUACUAGUAAGUAAAGCUGCUCUUAGACGAGGGGUCGGGAACCUUUUUGGGCGAGAGAGCCGUGAAAGACAAAUAUUUUAAAAUGUAUUUCCAUGAGAGCCAUAUAAUAUUUUUCAACACUGAAUACAAUUAAAUGUGUGCAUUUUUAAGUAAGACCAACAUUUUUAGAGAAUAAGUCUCUUAUUCUUUUUAAUAACGUUGUUAUUGGAGCAGUACAUCUCGGUUGGUAGAGUGGCCGUGCCAGCAACUUGAGGGCUCCAGGUUCAACCCCCGCCUCCGCCAUCCUAGUCACUGCCAUUGUGUCCUUGGGCAAGACACUUUACCCACCUGCUCCCCAGUGCCACCCACACUGCUUUAAAUGUAACUUAGAUAUUGGGUUUCACUAUGUAAAGCGCUUUGAGUCACUAGAGAAAAAGCGCUAUAUAAAUAUAAUUCACUUCACAAUAUAAUUUACUUAUUCUAAAGCUAACCAAUAAUAAAUAUAAUACUUCUUACCAUUAAUGCAACUUCUUGAACAGGUGCGAUAGAAAAUGGAUGGUUGGAUUAAAAUGCAUGAGAAUGUCUUGUCUUUUGAACGUUAUUUUUAACACUGUGAUUACCAGCGGAAUUAUUCAUUACUUAUCGUGUUAAGCAAUGUCAGCUAAGAUUUAUCUGAGACAGAUGCAGUCAUCAAAAGAACCACAUCUGGCUCUAGAGCCAUAGGUUCCCUACCCCUGUCUUAGACCAUCAAAUGCCACCCUCAGAAAAAACAAAUGAUGCACAAGCCACAAUUAAAAAAAAAAAAAAAAAAUGCUAAAAACAAAUCCAGUUUCAAUGCGUGCAUGUUAUAUGCUACGCUAUGCUAACUUUUUUCGUCACUUUCCUUACAGCAUGGUCCUGCUCACUCUUUGUAAUGUUCUUUGAUUGAUUGAUACUUUUAUUAGUAGAUUGCACAGUACAGUACAUAUUCCGUACAAUUGACCACUAAAUGGUAACACCCCAAUACGUUUUUCAACUUGUUUAAGUCGGGGUCCACGUUAAUCAAUUCAUGAUGCACAUUCCGUUUUUAGAAUUUUAAAAAGUAUGUUGGGACAUAGUAAUCCUGUUCCUAUCCUUUUUACUGAAAGAAGCUAAAAAGUUCCAGGAUCCUUUUCGAAUGAUGCAUUACCUAAGAAUUUUCAGGAAAAAAAAAAUCAUGUCAAUGCAAAAAGGGACAUAGAGGAUUGCCACUUUAUUUCCAGCUAGAAGGUAUCCAUUCUACACAUAAAAAUAAACUCAUCUCUACAGACUAUGAA